AUGUCUCAGGAAGAAAGUCCGCAACAAUCAACUGGUCCCAGCGCUUCCAGCAAAGGUGUCACUAUAGACGAUGGUACCAUGGAGGAUAUUAUUGAUAAACUGAAAAUUUUUCGUUACGAGACGGAGUUUUGUUUGCGUGUCAAGCCUGCAUUUAAGCCUUUAAGCAAGUAUUAUUUUUCUAGGCCGUCUUCAAUUGAUAAUCCAAAUGCUCAGUUUCAUUACUUUACAUCUUUAUGUUCUUGGCUUAUGGGUUUAGCUGGACAUGAAUUUGAACCUCCCGGCCAGUUUGAUGAUCCAAACGCAACUUCAACUAACAUAUUGGGAGAAUUGCGUGCUAUGGGCAUAUCAGCUCCAAAUCUUGCCCCAAAUCGAAUUCGUCAAGGAAGUGGAGAUGCAGUUUUGACUAUUUUAUCAGCUCUUGUAGAUCAUGCUCUCCUUAAGAAAGGUUUUACUCCCCGUGCCGUUGAUUAUACCCAUGUGGAAAAGUAUGAUGAGCUGGAUGGAGUGACUGAUGCUGAUGAUGAUAACGGUGUUGGAGAGGAGGUAGAAGACAACGUGAUGAUAGAAAGUGAUGAUGAAGACGAAGUCUAUGUUCGUGCCACUGGAGAAAGGUCAGCUAAAGAAGAUACUGGGAUUCCUGUAGAAUCUGAGAUUAAUGCUGAAGAAUGGAACUUGGAAGUGGAACGUGUGGGACCUCUUCUACAGGUAAGGUCAGAUGUCAUUCAAGAUUGGCGUUUGAGAGUUGAAAGUGCCACUGUUUUACUCAAGGCUGUCGAAAAAAUGUAUCCAGAGGUGAGACAGAUGCUUCAGCACGUGGCAGAUGAUUUGGAGAAAUCAAAGGAUCGCAUCCAGAAGCGCGAGCAAACGCUUGCACAGCAAUUUACUGAACAAGUAGAAGACUAUAGGGUAAAAUUACGUGAGCUUAACACCUCCCAAGACUCUGCAAAUAUGGCGAGUCAGAGUGUUCAACAACUGUCAUCUGAGCUGAACCAGUUAAGUGGAUUGUUGGACCAGGUAAAAAGGGACAUUGAGGAUCGAGAAACAAAAAUUUCCGAUACGACACCAUUGAUGCAGGUGAAGGACGCUGUUAUAAAGGUGAGAGCUGAAAUCAAGCAAAUGUCACUGCGAAUUGGUGUGCUACAGCAUACAGUACUUCACUAUGUGAUGAAACAAACUAAGGCCAAGUGGGAACGAUCAGAGAAUGGUAUCAGCUUGGAGGAUUGGGAAUGA